GGCAUUAUUGAUUUUGUUGCAAGAUGUAUUGCAUGCGUUAUUUUGUUCCUCUUUUACUGCUGCCCUUUCCAGAUGCACCACCAGUAUUUGUUGUGCUUUUUCUCAUCUCAUUCUUCCUUCAUCAGAAACCUUGUAUAUACUGCACAUUGCUAUUGAUUGCGCUAUUUUCGUCUACUUGUUAUUGGGGACAAGGACGCUGUUGGAUCGACUUGCGAAAUUCGAGCCUCUUUGAUGUACGACAAGAUUCGAAUGCGACAUUUGGACAAAAUGAUGGCUGGUGGGAUUGGAAGAUUACUCUUCCAGUAGGUCAAACUCCAAUCUCUAAUAAUUGAUUAUUUGCAUAAUAAUUAUCAUUAUUAUUAUUAUCAUCGUUACUUUUGCUAUUAUUAUUAUUAUCAUUAAAAAUGAGACAAGAAGCAAAGAAUGAAUGAAAGAGUCAAUGGCAACAGCAACAACAACAGCAACAACAAAAAAAAACAGCAAAAGAAACGGUAGCAGAAACAACAACAGCAGCAGCAAUAACAACAAUAACAACAAUAAUAUUAUCUUGCAGGAACUUUGGAUUUUACCAUAUAUUUGUAUAUAAAUCCCCGUUAUUUUUUAUUUUAUUUUUACAAAUCAAAUAUAUACAUAAGAGAAAUAGAGAAAAAGAGCUUUAUCAACUAUG